AUGGCUCACGCUCCUAGAAAUUCCGUUCUUGCUCCCGGUGUUAGCCGCUACAGCCGUUCCGCUGUCUACUCUAAGAAGGCUUUGUACAAGCGUAAGAAGACCAACGUUGCUGCUCCCGCUAAGCAAACUGCCGCCGACAAGACUGUUGAAGUUAAGGGCGCCAAGAAUGGUGGCAAGCGUGUCGUCCCUGCCCAAAAGGCUCCCCGCUUCUACCCUGCUGAAGAUGUUCCUCAACCCAAGGUCACCCGUAAGACCUCCAAGAAGACCGUCCUCCGUUCUAACAUCACCCCUGGUACCGUCUUGAUCCUUUUGGCUGGUCGUUACCGUGGAAAGCGUGUUGUUUUCUUGAAGCAAUUGGACAGCGGUCUCUUGCUUGUUACUGGUCCUUUCAAGGUCAACGGUGUUCCUCUCCGUCGUGUCAACCAAGCCUACGUUAUUGCCACCUCCACCAAGCUUGACCUCUCUUCUGUCAAGAUUGACGAAAAGUUCAACGACGCUUAUUUCAAGAAGUCUGCCAAGGCUGAAAAGGCCUUCCUUGAAGGUGAACAGAAGAAGGCUGCUUUCCCUGAAUCCAAGGCCGCUGAUCAAAAGGCUCUUGAUAAGGAAAUCCUUGCUGUUGCUGCCAAGGAUGGUCUCCUCGUCUCUUACUUGAAGUCUACCUUCAGCCUUCGCAAGGGUCAAUUCCCCCACGACAUGAAGUUCUAA